AUGAAAAACGCAAAUAAGGUAUAUUAAUAAACAAACAGAAGUAGUCACUCCUCUUUUGCCUUCAAAGAAAACUGCAAGGUUGAUGUCAUGCAAAAUAUUAUCAACUAAAAUUGUGGAAAUGGUGGUGUAAAUUCAUCCUAGUCAGUCUGUCCUGAAAACAAAUUAAAUUAUUUAGAGAGCAAUUUAAAUCGCUUGUGUGUUCAAUAGGAUGCUUUAAUGCCUUUACUUUAAUUUGCAGAGUAUCUACCUGUUAUUCAAAAAUAUGACACAACUUUAAAAAAUGUCACCAAAAAAUUUGAUGAGUUUGAAAAUAGAUAAGUUAAGGUAGAAAGAAUAGUAGAGCAAAGACUAAAAGAGAAGGUAGACAAAUCGCCAUUGUAGAAGUUGGAAACAGCUAAGCUUAGUAAGAAUGUUGAUAGUCUCAACUAACAACUUAAAGAUCUUGAACUCAACUUCAACAACGUACAUAGAUGGUAUGAAGCAAAAUUAAAGGAAGAAUCUUAGACUAUCUAAAGAAGUCUAGAAGUAAAAUUAGAAAAGUAGAAGAAUGACUUUAAAAACUAACUAUAUUCUAUUAAAUCAAACACUUCUCCUUUAGAAUCUAUGAAUGUAUCUACCAUCUAGCAAAGCCAAGUGACAAGAGAAGAGCUUUUCUCUUUUAAACAAGAAUUAAUGUCUGAGAUUAAAAAUAUCUGCUUUGAGAAGCUAGAUAACCUUCGUUAAGAUCUGAAUGCAGAAAUGAGAAACAUUUACAAAGAAAUAGGAAGUUUAAGAUGCGAUGUUGAAUACAUCUCUAACUUAGAAAGGAAAAACAAAAUCACCUCUCGUUUUCAUGAUGAGCUGAGCAACAAAUAACUUUCUUAAAUAGAACAAUAAGUUAUAAUAAACAUAUUAGAAUAAGAGUGCUUUAUUGAAGAUUUAGAAUCUUUUGAUAAAGAAAACACUGUGAGAAUAACUCAAGAAAUCAAUUCUAUUAACUAAGACUGUUAGGUUCUGUCAUAAGAAUUGGAACAACAGGAUAUAUGUGAAAAAUAAAAAUUAGACAAAAAACAAAAAGAAAUUGAAUAUUUGUUUGAAAAAAAUGUUAAUCUAAAAUAUUAGCUUGCAGGAACGAAAAAGAAAUACGCAAAUGAAAUAAAAAAAAUAGAAGAAAAGUUCAUUAUCCUUGAUCAAAUUAAUUCAAAUAUUCAAAGAGAAGAAAUGACUGAACAAUAGGAGCAAAAUUUAUACAUCAUUAAAAGUCUUGAAUUAAAGCUUAGUGAAUUAAUGAAUAGCAUUAAUGAAAACCUUGAAAAUGAAAUGAACAAAAUUCAAGAAACAGAAAAUUAAUUAGGAUUAUUAAAGAAGAAACUUUGUCAAAUUUAAUGA